CAGUCUGUCUGUCCUGCCAGGUGUGUGUCCCUGCUACAAGCAGCAGUGAUGGAGGAAGAAACGCCCCGGCCGGCGGUGUCUUGGCAAAACGGAAGCCUUGCUCCUGUGGAUCGGCUCCGCUCGGACAGGGCGGACAGCCCCACACCUGGUCUGGUGGAGGGAACUGAACCAGGUGCGGGACAGAAGAGUGCCAUGUUUGUUCAUACACAGUCCUUUGAAGAUCUGUGUGUUGAAGCUGAGGACGAGGCCCAGAAGGUGGCUAAACAGGACCACUCAGAGGGACGUCAAGCAGAGGAGUUCAAGACGCUGGUUGAAGAGCAAACCUCAGAGAAGCAGCACAGCAAGGAUUUUUCAUCGGAGAGCAGGACCAAAGAGGAGGAGGAUGUAUCCAGUGAGGCGUGGCGCAGUCACAGGAAGCACGUGUUUGUGCUAAGCAAGGCUGGAAAGCCCAUCUACACACGCUACGGCACGGAGGAGGCUCUGUCCAGCACCAUGGGGGUAAUGAUGGCUCUGGUUUCCUUCGUCGAGGCUGAGAAGAACAUUAUCCGCUCCAUUCACACAGAUAUGGAGAGAUGA